UUUGGGUUAGUGUUUGAAGGUUAUUCAUUGUAGUUUUAAAUUCCCCUUUCAUUUUUCUCUAUCAAUGAAUUAUUAUUCAAAAUUGUUAUGCCAGAUAUUUUACAGUGUGUUUUCAAGUAUUUCCCCGCACGCUCCUUUCGUGGUCAAUGGUAUUCCGUAUCCUGUGCUCAAUUUGAUUUAGUAGCCGCCUUUUUUUUCAGGAAGGAAAUCUGAAGAUAGAAAGGUUCACAGGCCCCAGCAUUGCAACAUAACGGGAAUUUUACAACCAGGAGAUCAUUUUCUUUUGCCGCAUUCGCCAGCAAUGCUCAAACGUCAAUUGUUUUUACAUAGUAAAAUCCUUGGAGUAGCUUAAAAGGCUAUGGAGGUGUUCGUGACGUUAAUAGGAAAAGGGGUUUUUCCCAGGUUUUUUUCAAUUGUAGCCUGGGGCAAUGUAUACGCAGGGUGUAGCCGGGCAAUGGAAUCGGUACCAACUGUCAGACACGUAUAAGUUUCAGAAAGUUUCAUUCUUUAGCAGUGAGUGGUCUUGUGAAGAUUUCUCUUGUUUAUGCUGGUGUGUAUUUGGAUUGCAACAGACGUGCAGACGUGAACUUUUUGACAAACAUUUUACAUUGUACUGUGACUUUGCGACUGCUGAAUUCGAACACCAGUUGUUGCUGUGAUCGUGUUGUAGGCCGCCCUCAAUUUUAAAACAGGAAUCUAGGUCGAGUGAUUCAACAUUAUUAAAAACAUCAUUUCAAAAUGAAAACAAUAGCUUUCAAUGUUUUACUUACAAUCGGCGUGUUGGUGAUGUACAGCUGCCAUACGGAUGCCAAAGGAAUUAAAAUUGGUGGCUUCAAGGCACCAAAACCAAUCAAGGUUUCCGUACCAAGACCUAGUAUACCAAAACCCAGUAUACCGUUCAUUGUCCCCGUGCCUAUUAUUCUUCCCGUUGGUGGCUUCGGCAGAAACUACUAUGUCAACAAAAAUAGCAGACUGCAGUGCUAUUCAUGCGAAGGUGCGGACAACGAACUUUGUGCAAUCAGUCCAGCUACGAGUUCAAGAAAAGUGACUUGUGCAGAGAAAAACAUGUUCUGCAGCGUCGUCAGGAAAGAAGUACAAAUAGAUUCAACCGCAGGAAGUUCUAAUGUUACCAAGUCCGUCGAUAAAACGAACGGAACGGAUAUUGUAAUUGCGAGCACGCAAAAUUCUACCUUGACGUCAUCGUCCACCACUGAUCCGCUUUCAUUCAGCACAUCCACUGAAUUUAUUAUUUCAUCUUCUACUGAGAAUCCCAUGACAACGGAUGCGUCGCCUUUGUCCAUCGAUAGCAGCACUCCUGCAUCAUUAACGAGAGUGACUAGAGAAAUCACUACACGUGUCGUCAUUCAACGCGGUUGCAAAUCGCUCGAUUUCAUCGAAGGAAUUUCGCUGGCGUCAAUCAGCAGGAAGAGUGGCGCAAACGAAUCGGAAUAUGUUUAUGCUCAACUUUGCACAAAGGAUUUGUGCAAUUCCGGCGAUGGACGAUUGAGGUGCUAUGAAUGCAAGGGAACGGGUCAAAAGGACGACUGCAUGGUGAACCCAUCAAAAGUGGCUAAUGUGUUGAUGUGCCAACCGAAGGAAUCUUGCUACGUGGAAAGAAAGACCGUCAGGACUCAUAAUUCAACAUCUAACUCGACAGAGACCAAAAUAAUGGUGACGAGGGGCUGUAGAGCGGCUUCGUCGUCUGACGAUCAAAACGUGAUUUCAAGAACAAACGGCACACUGGGGUUGUCCUGCCGAUUGACUGAUUUUUGUAAUUCAUUUGACGCCAACAGACUGGUACAACGUUCCAACUCCGCUUCAGGAAAUUAUGCGACAUUUUCAUCCUUGGUUCUAACACUUGUUGUUAGUCAUCUUCUCCUUCAAAAAUAAAUAUUUCCCCCUCAAGCUCUCUAGAAGCGAACAGAGUAAAGAAAUUGAUUUGCGACAAGUCAACAGUUUCCAAUUAAGAUUUUGGAUUGUCUUAGCAAUAUUUCCCGUUUCAUAUUUGUAUUUAUUAAAAAAAAGCGAUUUUACAUGAUAAUGCUCAUGAGUUCCAGAAUUCUAGCGAUUUUAGUUACACAUGAAACAUGCUGAUAUCCGUCUCAAUUUUUCGUGUUGGACGAGAGUACGUAACAAACAAAAUAUUAUUUCUUCUACCGAGGCAGACAAUUACACUCAAAUACGUCCAAA